UUAAGCCUGUCUCAGUAAUGGAAACUUUGGAACAACCAGCUGUCUUUGAGGUGUUGGGGAAGAGUGGACCGGUGUUUAGUAUUUGACAGUUUUAUGGGAAUGUUGUUGAGUGAUGUAGGUUAUUGACUACUUUAUGCAAAAGGACAAGCGUAUUUUGGAAAGAAAACAAAAAUGCAAUCGGGAGUUGCUUAUGAAUGGCUGGGAUAGAUGCUUGUGUGCUUUUUGAAGGUAGUGAAAAUGAUCAAAUAAUAGACAAAAUCAAAAUCUGAUGCAGUUCCGAGUUGUUUAAAUUCCUCACUGUCCAAAUAAACUUUAGUCAAACCAUUCAUCAAUACCAAGAAACCAUCAACAUUUUCCUUAAAAACUCUGAAAUUUCUUACUCGUUGCUAAGAAUCUUUUAUUUUCAGACAAACUUGUUUAUAAACUCGCACUUUAUCCAUCCAGAGACUCAGAUGAAGGUAAAACUAUACAUCAUCCUUCGAUUUGGAUCAGCUAGCGACGAUCCUGAUAAAACACCGAUCUCAGGCAAGACUUCAAAAGAUUUCUUGUAUUAUCUUAAGUCCUUAAAGCCAGCUACAAUCAAGAUCAAGAAUACAGGCGGAGAUGGACCUCAGGACUUUGAAUAUAAAUGUUCUGACAGAACAGAUGACUGAGACCAAGUAGAUUUUGAAGUGACUGAUAAUGGCUUCCAUUGGGGUAAAGUCGAACUAAAGGAGAUUGAUCAAGAGGAAGCAAGUGCUGAUGAUUAGAGGAUAAUAU